GUUAACGCCAGCCGGCGCGACCAGAGGAUGAAUAAUCUCCUCAGGACACUCACCGAGAGCCAGGUUAGGCCCUCGCCUGACCUUAGGCUACUUCUGAGUGCUGUCAAGGACGCACGCCGCCAAAGCUUCGAUGCCAAGGUAUCAGAACCAUUCUAUGACUCCCUUGAGGGACUGCUUCAUGAUCUGCGUACAGUGACCAUGGAUAAUCACGACGCGGAGGCGUUCCUUAAGCCAGUUGCAAAAUCCGAUGUUCCCGACUACUACGAUGUGAUCGUAAACCCCAUGGACCUUCAAACCAUGCUCAAGAAGGUCAAAUCAAAGCAAUACAAGUCCAAGCGCGAGUUUGCAGAUGAUCUAGAUCUGAUAUGGUCAAACUGUUUCACCUACAAUGCGACUGAGGUAUGUAUCACCGUCGUGAAAACGCGUGGUGAGGCCCACUGUGCCGCGCAGGACCACCCUCUCCGCCAGUGCGCAAUGCGCCUCAAGAAAAAAGCCGAUAGACUACUGAAGAACAUCACUGACCGCAAGGAACGAAUCGACCCUCCCUUACCUGCUGCUUUAUCCCAGCCUUCGCAUUCCGCUUCUCCCGUCCCAAUGAGACCUAACGCGACGGCACGGCCCAAGAUUAAUGGCACGGCAUAUGCUCACAGACGAUCUCCGUCAUUGACCGCAACACAAACUACCAUCACCCCAAAGCAGCGCAUGGAUCUCCCCUUUGCCGAUUCUCCUGCGCUUGAGCGUACGCCACACGGUAUGGCCGCGUUCCAUGUACUCGAGUCAGAAGCUGGUCCAUCAAGCAUCCCGAAUGGAUACAGCUCAUCUGCUUCUACAAAUGAUUAUGAUAGCGAAGCAGACGAAGUGUUAAUGUCAAUAGAUAACGACUCGGGGGAGAAACGCAAGCUAAACGGUUCAUCUUACCGUCCUCGUAAACGCGUACGUCUAAGCCCUGCUCCCUUUGCGCCUAUUCCCACGGCAGACGACCCGAAUUCGACUUGGUGGUCCUCUGUUCAGUCCGACUUAUUCCUCGCCAAUGGACUUCCAGCCCUUCCCCAGCCUUUUGCUGCAUCGACCCUCUAUCCGCAAUCCCAGCCCAUACACUCAUCACAAUUUGCAAGGCCCCGCAAGCGACGGAAACUCCGCCCUCAGUCCCUAGCAAAAUACAGGGACAGAGAUACUCCCGCACCCAACACCCUCCUCAGUAUCAUGAACACGAACAUUAAAACUCUUAAACGGGUCCGACGUACGCAUGCUAAGUUUGCCGCGCUCAACCUAAACACAGAAGAGGGUGGUAUGGGUGAUGAGCCGCCAGAUCUGGGGGAAGAAGGCAUGGUUGAUGAGGUGAUAGAUGAGCGGCCGUGGCGAGCGAGAUAUGCUGGCCUUAGACAAGUGAAGGGACCGGUGGAACUAGAAGUUGGUGAGAAGAACGCGGACGAAUGUCUGAAAUGGAUGAAUCGGAAGGUGCUAGAGCAUGAAGGAUUUCAAGGGACGUCAAGCGCUGCACUGGAUGUGAUGGCGGGGGUGACGUCUGAGUAUUUCCUCAAUGUUGGUCGAACGCUACGAUUCAUGUGCGACAAGUAUGCGAAGAGCAUGACGCCAGAGGAAAUCAUCCUGCAUACACUCUUCGAGAGUGGAGUGACGAGGAUUCAAGAUCUUGAGCGGUACAUCAAGGACGACGUCGUCCGGCACGGUUCGCGCCUUAUUGACCUCGAGAAGAAGCUUGUUGGAGCGUAUCGCGAAGCUGUCAGUCUUUCCUUCCUUUUACUCAUUAGUCAACAUCCCUUGUACUCACCAUAUGCACAGACACAGGUAGAAGUUCUUGACGACGAUGCGCUUUUCGCUGGCGAGGAUGACGAAGAGGACGAGAGUGCGUUUGUUAUGGGUGGGUUUUCUGACUCACUUGGUGAUGACUUUCUCGGGUUACGGGAGCUUGGCAUUGCUGCGGAAUUGGGGCUAUCGAGUCUCACUAUCCCAAAGAAGUUACUCAAAGGGAAAUCACGGGGAGCGGCAGGGGCUGCCAUCGAGGCAAAACCCAAAGAACCGCCACCGCCAUAUCCACCACCGCCUUCGCUACUUCCUAUCACGAGCAAGAAUGUGGGCGAUCAGAUCGGGCUAUUGCGUCCCUACUUUCAUAUGCGGCUUGCAGCACUCGCACCUCCCGGCACCUUCCAAGGUCUCCCUUAUCUCCCACCUGGCCCUCAAUUUGGCUUACUUCCUCACCCUGGUGCUAUACCAUUACCUUUUGGACCAAGUUCGUCAGGCGAGUUCACACGCGUCAUCACGAUUGCAGACGAUGCACCCGCACCUGCGCAGGCGAAGCUUGGACCUUUGGGUCAGGUACUCAAGACAGGUGCUGCUGCAGGGACUGUCAAGAAGAAGAACAAAGCGAAGGAGCCGGUGCUAAUGUCAAUGCCCGAUAUGUCGGAUGCCGUUCCAGUGGAACCGAUGCGCGCAUUCAGUGGGCUUGGGGUGGAGGGAAGAGAUGUUGGUGGCGCUGGAGCUGGAGCUGGCGGUGGUAGCACUAAUGGAUUAGGUGGGGGGACCAAUGGAGCAGGGGGUGGGGGGACCUUGGGUAUAGCGGGAGGAAGCAAGAAGAAACCGGGUCCGCAAGCGCAAGGGCAGGGAAGGGCGAUGGAGCUUCCGCCUGUCAUUACUGCGAGCGCGUGAGACGUGCGGGUCUUGCUAUUACAUACAUACUUACACUUUAUAUUCGCAUGGUCAUUGCUGUCCGUACUAUGCAUUUGUGGAUCAUACACUAUACCUGUAGCAUUAUUCUAUGUAUUGCACUGGACGUUGGAUUCGUACGUGGGUCGUGUGGUCUUGGAACGCUGAAGAAUCCUUUUAGUUGGAGG